CCGGGACUCAUAGGCAGCAUGUCUCCUACGAGGCUCACAGUCCCAUUCGACACUCUGAAACGCGUUUAAGCGCGGUGUUUGUUUCCUUCUUCGUGCAAGUUUUCUCGCUUCGUGUACUCUUUCUCACGAAAUUCGGUGAAACGAUCAUGCAGAAGAACUUGAACGUCGCGGCUUGAUCCUGUGUAAAACGCAUCGGGAAAAGAAAGGAAGGAAGGAAGGAAGGAAGAAAGAAAGAAAGAAAGAAAGAAAGAAAGAAAGAAAGAAAGAAAGAAAAAGAGAGGGAGAGAGACAGUUUGCGUUUCUAAUAUUGCAAAAUUUUAUCGUGGAAAUACAUCGUCGAUCAAAGUCGAAUAAAGAUUUCGAAUCGAUCAAGAUUUAUCUGCUCUCGGCUCUCCGUCGAGAACCGUUAUUACAUUCAUCGUGGAUAUUUUCCCUCAGAAAGAAAGAUCGUCGCGUUCUACGCGUACAAUUACGUUCGGAAAACAUUGUUAUAACGGAUCACGCUGCGAAGAAUCGAAACUCCAAGACUAGAUCGAGGUUGGGCUGGGGGUCGGGGUCGAGGUCGAGACCCAGAUCAAGAUCUUGGCCGAAAUCGAGGUCGUGCUUGGAUGUCGAGGGUAUCACUUUCUUUUUUUUACACUCUUGCCAACAUUCUGUUCUCUCGACCAAAAGGAACAAGCCGGUACGUACGCCGGAGAUACCAGGUGGUUGGCGUUGGCGUUUGAAGAAGAUCACGAAGGAAAACCAGUUUCUUUGCUUUUUCUAUUGAACGUAUCGAUAUACCGAUAUACCGAUAUACCGAUAUACCGAUAUACCGAUAUACCGGAGAUACCGGAGAUACCGGAACGAAAAUGAAGUCGAUCCGAGGAGCGAUAUGGUUGGUUCCGUUGGCGGUUGGCUGUAUAGCUUUACCGGCGCAAUUAGAAACGAAUUCGAAGAAUACGGGCAAGACGAGGCAAGCCAGGACGAUGCCGUUAUAUUUCAACGAGAGCGGGUCUAACAGUUCGGCGACGACGUCCAAUAGCAAUAACAGCGGCAUUGAUGAGAACAACAUCGAGCCCGCCGUUAACAACUAUACAACAAACAGUAUCGGUAGCAACGACGUCGACGGCGUUGUUGCAUCGAAAUCGAAACCGUACAUUUCCGGAGUUUCUGCUACGAUUAGCAACGAUGGGCUGCUCGUGUCGUCCCUGUCACCGACAUUAAUCACGUCAAUAUCGACGUCGACAUCAACAUCGACAUCGACGUUGAUAUCGACGUCGACGUCGACAUCGACAUCGACAUCGACAUCGACAUCGACAUCGACAUCGACACCGAGAUCAACGUCCACGACAACGUCGACGGAACAACAUCCUCUCGUGGGAAUGACCGAGCUGUCUCUAACAAGCGGUUCUUCGUCGUCGCCAAAUUGGUUGAUCGCAGACAGCAAAACGGAAUCAAGUCCAUUGGCAACGAGCAACCGUGGAACAACCACGAUCACGAAAACGACAAUCAACACAUUGGCGGCGGCGGCGGCGACUGUCACGAUAAAUAGCAAUGCCUCUAACAUAAGUUCGAGCGCGUCUCCUACCGAAGCUUCUUCCAGAACGAUCGCUUCUAAUCGAGACACGAGUACCUUUUUAUCAUCCUCCAAGAAAUCCACCACAAUGUUCAACGAAUUUGUUACCACGCCUGCUACGACGUCCGUAAAGGAGACGCGAGAAUCGACCGGGAAAAUUCGUCCUCAAAUCAAAUUGACGACCAACUACACUAGCCUGACCGAGACAGGAGUACGACUACCGGAGGGUGCGAGCGCAGCUCUGGCAAAGCCAACCAAGUAUCAUUAUUAUCCGCAUAAUCAGCACAUCUACUUGUUGCCAGAAUGCGCGGUUCAACAGGUUUGCAAUGCGGUUUACGUCAGACUGAACUUUACCCAGCCUCUGUGCGCUUGUCCAGGAAGAUACCGCGACCCUUGCAGCGCCUCUCUCGACAGCGACGAUCUCCACACUACCGAGCUGGUCACCGACCCUCGAACCAAGGCUCUGACUUUGGUGAAAACAUGUGAACCGGUGGCGGAAAUGCGCGAAUGUAGAGUACCAAGAGACUGGUCUCUCCUCGCGCUACAAAACGUGCGAACAGGAAAAUCUCACUAUCUCGUAAUAUGUCGCUGUCCCGAUGCCAAUAUAUUGGAAGGUCCUAUGAGUCACGAUCAGCCGACAUACGCCAGUGUACCAGGGAUUCGCGUUUACGGAAUGAUGUGCGUGCAAGGAAAUCGCAGAGGGCGACCACUGCGAUAUACCCGCAGUCUUUCAGAUCACUUCCAACGAGAAAUCGGCCAGGACAAUAACGAAGAAAAUGCAAACGACCGGUUGAACUUCCCGUGGUACAAAGUACAACAGCUAAUGGACGCAGCUCUUUGGGACUAGACUCGUUAGCCAAACAUUCACAACGAUACGAAGUGACGAUCAGUAAUGACAUUAUGCUUAACGGCAUUUUUUUUCUCUCUUUUAUUUAUUUAUUAAGAGUUUCUAUUUGCUUCGCUUCGCUUCGACUCUCCUAGCUUCCUUUUACUCGUAUUUAUCGAUCCGUCCCCGUUUCUCACAUUUAUUUAUACAUAUUACAUGUGUUAGAUAUAGUUUAUAGUUGAUAGUUUUAUAGCAUCGGAUCUAACAUCUCGAUAAGCAGUGACAAGAUCGUCAAAGCUACUCGUUCGUAGAUUUCGUUGCCUUUAAUUUCGACUACGCGACGUGAUCGUCCGUAACGAUCGAAUGCGAUCAACGUUAAAUAUGUAAUUGCCAACUGCUAAUAUUGCGACAAACUACGUCUUCUUUUAGAUCUUGUUGCUAGAUCGACUGAAGUCGACUCUGUCUAUUAUACAUUGGUAAAUUUUUCGACCGAAAAGUAAAUACGCAGAGUUUCCCGAACGUGUUGUUGUACUAUUCAAAGAUGGAAUUGACUUUUUUCCUGUGACUUUUAGUUCCCUGACAAAACUGGCAUAAUAACAGGGAAUCUCAGACACAAAUUACUUUUGACUGUUCAUUUAUCCGAUCAAAGUAACAAAUCAAUCAUAUUAAGCAUACUUGAUAUUAGAGAAAUAUGUAAUCUGUUAUUUACAUCCAUGGUAAAAUUCGUCGAUACCUUUUUGUUUUAUUUGGAUGUAUGUGUGUUGGAACAAUAGAAGAUGUGAAUGAACUGGCCUUGAUAUGAAAUUACAACAAGCACAACUACAAAGCUAUUGUACAUGUGUAUUUUACACUACGAGUUGCCAAAUUCUUGUGGUCGCACAAUCACUUUACUAUUAAAAUGUUAAGGUAGGUAGAUCAUAGAUAGGACGUCGUUCGACGUAACAUAGAACCUUGAGAUAAAAAUAAAAAUCUCUCGAGACUGUUUUUCAAAUAAACUUUUAAUACUGA